AUGGCCGCGCCAAGGCCAGGAUAUCAACGAGCUGGCUCGAGCAUAGCAGUAGCCAACAAGACCAUUGUCCUAGUGGUAGGAGGCCACACAGGCCCAGGCUACGAAAUAGUAAAAACCCUCACCUCCCUCCGCUCAGAUUACCAGAUCCUCCUCGGCUGCAACGAAGCUCACGCCGGCGAACAAGCCGCCUCCUCAAUGGGUGCGCCGUCAAACGUCAACCCGAUCCAGAUCGACACAGCAGACGACCAGUCCAUCGACCAUGGGGUUAAGGCGAUCGAGCAGCACUUUGGCCGAAUCGACAUACUGAUUAACGCUGGGAAUUAUACGGGUGAGGAACCGGCAAAUAAAGGCACGGGGUCGCGAGAGCUGUGGCAGCGAGUAUUUGGUGUUAAUGUUAUUGGGACGGCGCUACUGACUGAGAGGGCGAUGUCGUUACUGGAGCAUAGCAAAGGUGCUAGGAUUAUCUUUUUGGGGGAUGAGUCUGCGAGUAUGUCUAACGCUGCAGGAAAUUCAGGAACGGAGGACGUGUCAAUCGCUUUCAGUGCGAGUAAGGCAGCGGUGAAUAGGUUGGCUUUGCACUAUGCUGCGAAGUACCCGAAUGUAGUGGUGAAUGUUACGUGUCCGACUAAGACGUCUGGAAGUUCGAUGGAUGGUCAGGCGGGUGCUACUUUCGAUGUGUCCGAUGCUGUGAGGUUGGCAACGGAGAGGCAAGGGUCAACUGCUACGUUUACUAGCAAGUCGGGUUCUAUAGCUUGGUAG